UAAGGCCCGUCUGAGCGUCUCGGAUACUUUUCCUCCUGUUUUGCUCUCCGCUGGUGACCCGGAGAGUCUCCGCGUCUCCCGAGGUUUAAAGUUUCUCCUCGUCGCGGAUCCUCACCUGCCGCUCAGCGCUCGCGCGCCGCUAUGACCCUGGACACGGAUUUAAUGGACGAGCUGGUCAUCGACGUGGUAGGCGAGGGCAGCAGGGACUCUGGGGACGAGCCCGUGUCGGUGUUACCGGGCGCGGACGCCAAGCUGUUGCUGCCAGGCUCGGGCUCGAGCUCUCUGUCUCUGGAGACGGGAGAGAGCGGGGGAGGCGCGGCGGGCGCGCGGCCCGCAGCUCCGGGCAGUAAAAGCGGCUCAGUGAAGCCGCCGUACUCGUACAUCGCGCUCAUCACCAUGGCCAUUCUGCAGAGCCCCAAGAAGCGGCUUACGCUAAGCGAGAUCUGCGACUUCAUCAGCCGCCGCUUCCCGUACUACCGCGAGAAGUUCCCCGCGUGGCAGAACUCCAUCCGCCACAACCUGUCGCUCAACGACUGCUUCGUGAAGAUGCCGCGCGAGCCGGGCAACCCGGGCAAGGGCAACUACUGGACGCUGGACCCCAACUCGGCCGACAUGUUCGACAACGGCAGUUUCCUGCGGCGCCGCAAGCGCUUCAAGCGCCAGCACUGCCGGCGCACGAACAUUUUCGACGAGCGCGCGGCCGCCUUCCUCGGCUUUGGGUGCGGCACGUGCGGCCCGUGUGGCGGCGGCGGCGGCGGCGCGCUCGCGCCCUGCGUGCCCUUGCCGGGCCUGGACGCGUGUCCGUUCACCUUCCCUCGCCUCUCCGCCGCGCACGCGCCCGCCGUUCUGCCCGCGCUCUCCGCCAUUUUCCCGCGCAGCAGCAGUCCCUGUCCUCCGUCGCGAGCCCCGCUCGGCCUGGGCUCCCCGUUCUCGGCGUCCCCCGCGCUCUUCCACCCUGUCGCCUUCCCGCCCUUCAUCGGCCUGCAGUACGGACAGCUGAAAGCGCGCGAUCUGGAGAAGUGA